AUGCCUGAGAGUGACACACGCAACUCUCACACCGCGACCAACGGGGUCAAUCGUCAUUACAAAAAGAGCACAUAUGCUCAAGUUUGUGAACCUCAUUCUGAAAAGCUCAGUCCUCUACAAAAACACGUCCAGUUCUGGGACCGCGACUCGGAUGGUGUCAUCUGGCCAUUGGACGUCUACAGAGGGUUUCGUCAGCUCGGCUUUGGCCUCUUCUUCUCAAUAGGCUCUCUCCUCAUUCCAAUCUUCUUCUCGUAUCCGACACGCUUAGGACAUAGCUGGAUACCAGAUCCCAUGUUCCGUAUUUACGUCAAUGACAUCAACAAAGCCAAGCACGGUUCUGAUACAGGGAUAUACGACUAUGACGGAAACUUCAACCAUGAAAGGUUCGAGCAGAUGUUUGAGCGGUUCGAUUCUUCAGGCCAAGGAGGAUUGACAGCUGAUGAUCUGCUGAGAUUAUGGAAGAAGGACCGAUGCGCGGCAGAUCCAGCAGGUUGGAGUUUUGCAUUCAUGGAGUGGUGGACGACCUACGUCUUGCUUCAAAAGGAUGGACUUGUACGCAGGGAGGAUUUAAGGGCAUGUUAUGAUGGGAGUCUCUUCUGGCAGAUCAAGGAUGAGAGGGAGAAAAGAGAUGGUUGUAUAGACAGGAAGAGCUUUGGUAUGAGGAAUUUCUUCGCUUCGCCCUAA